GAACCAACCAAACUGAUUAUUCCACUCUCUCUAAUCUCCUCCGCCAACUCAUAUGGCGCGUUGCGGCCCACGCGCCACCUUGAUAUCCACCGCGGCAGCUCCGAAAUUGAACGUCCCGCGCAGAGCGAAUCGCCUCGAGCCCUCGAAAUCUGCGCUGUUCGGCCGGAAGUUUCACGCGCUGCGCGGUUACGGACGGAGAGACGCUGCGAGAGCGUUGGUGAGGAGACGAGUCUUAGCUGAGGUGAAGGAGAAGGGGCUGGAGCUCAAUGUGAGGGUCACUAUCGAAGAAGAAUUGCCUCAGGAUCACGAAAUUUCGUGUGUUGCGGAAUUGCUAACUGUAGAUGUUGGAAGUGCAUUGAAUCUAGCAUUUGGCGGAUUUAAAGAUUCCGGUGGCGGUUUUGACAGCGUGGAGGUUUCAGUGCUUCUUUGCAAUGAUGAGUUUAUCAGGAAACGUAACCAGGAAUGGAGAGAUGAGGACCGGGCUACUGGUGUGGUUUCCAAGUCCCGGCAUGUGCCUGAUCUUAAGGUUUCAAAUGUUGUGUUGGGUGACAUUGUGAUUUCUGUUGAGACGGCAGUGAGGCAAGCUCAGCAAAGAGGCCAUACGCUUCUUGAUGAGAUACGCCUUCUCAUGGUGCGGGGAUUGUUACAUUUAUUGAGAUUUGAUCAUGAGAUUAGUAAGGAGGCUGCAGGGGAAAUGGAGAAGGAGGAGGAUCGUUUUUUAGACAGUCUUGGGUGGAAGGGAAAGGGUUUAGUUCUGAAUGCAUAUGAUGCUGAAACCCAUGGGAAUUUCAAUGAGAAACCAGAUGACAGGAUGAGAGAAGACCGCCUGCGAUUUUAUAAACCAAAGUUCAGAUAUAUUUUCUGUGAUAUGGAUGGCACCCUUCUUGACAGCAGAAGUCUAAUGAGUUCAACCACUGCAAGGGCUCUAAAAGAAGCCUCAUCAAGGGGUGUGAAAAUAAUAAUUGCCACUGGAAAAGCUCGUCCUGCUGUGAUGCGUGUUUUUAAGAUGGUAGAUUUAGCUGGAAAAGAUGGCAUUGUUUCAGAAUUCUCUCCUGGGGUUUUCUUGCAGGGAUUACUUGUUUAUGGUAUUCAAGGUCGGGAAAUUUGUAGAAGGAAUUUAGAUCAAGAUGUCUGCAGAGAGGCCUGUGUUUAUUCACUGGAGAAUAAGGUUCCUCUCAUUGCGUUCAGCAAGGAUCGUUGCUUGAGUCUAUUUGAUCACCCACAUGUUGAUUCCAUGCAUACUGUUUAUCAUGAGCCAAAGGCGGAUAUCAUACCUUCAGUUGAGCAUCUCUUGGCUGCUGCUGACAUACAGAAACUGGUCUUCAUGGACACUGCUGAGGGAGUAUCUACUGCUUUGAGACCAUAUUGGUCGGAAGCAACUGGAGAUCGUGCCACAGUUGUUCAAACUGUGCCGGACAUGCUUGAACUUGUUCCCCCAGGAACCUCAAAAGGUAGUGGUGUAAAGAUGUUGCUUGAUCAUUUGGGAAUCACUCCAAAGGAGAUCAUGGCUAUUGGCGAUGGGGAAAAUGACGUUGAGAUGCUUGAGCUGGCUGGUUUGGGCGUUUGUCUCAGUAAUGGAGCAGAGAAAACAAAAGCUGUCGCCAAUGUAAUUGGCGCCAGCAAUGACGAAGAUGGUGCAGCUGAUGCAAUCUACCGCUAUGCCUUCUGAGCUUCAAUUCAGCCAAAGAAGAACUACAAUACACACAGCUUAUCAGUUAGGAUGAGGCUUUCAACCCGCCACAAGAUUCUUUACAGUCUACAAUGAUCCCAUUAUUAUCUCUUCUAUGAGUGAUUGAUUGACUAGUGUAAACUGAAAGAGAAGUUUCUCAAAACUAAAAACCAGCAAUUAUAAAAUUAACUCAUUGAUUCAACUG